CUGCAUGCGAGGGGGAAACUUCCUGGAACCAGAAUGGCCGAGUUAAAAGCCAAGUACACCUUACUGCAUGAUACUGUGAUGAGCUCACAAGAGUCAGAGAUCCAGCUACUCCAGGAUGCCAAACGUUUCACUGAGCAAAUACAACAGCAGCAGGCCCAUCUGCAGAAAGCUGACAACUUUCCCGAGGCAUUCACCACUGAGGUCUCCAAAAUGAGAGAACAACUCCUCAGGUAUCAAAAUGAAUACAAUGCAGCGAAGGAGAGAGAAUACCAUAAUCAGUACAGGCUAAAUAG